UGCAGCCGAGCGACUCGGCGGAGGAAGAGGAAGAAGCUGCGGGGUGAACCGGGGCUGGAGUCCAUUUUAUUUACACCGGUGAAGCUGCUACAUUUUCAUCUGUCGGGGUUUUCUGGAGCUCACAAGUUAAAAGUCGGUGUUCAGACAUGAGCAGUUCAGAGGAAGUGUCAUGGAUCUCCUGGUUCUGUGGACUGAGGGGGAAUGAAUUUUUCUGUGAGGUGGAUGAAGACUACAUCCAGGACAAGUUCAACCUCACAGGGCUCAAUGAGCAGGUUCCUCACUAUCGCCAGGCCCUGGACAUGAUCCUGGACCUCGAACCAGACGAGGAGCUGGAGGACAAUCCCAACCAGAGUGACCUGAUCGAGCAGGCAGCAGAGAUGCUGUAUGGCCUCAUCCACGCACGCUACAUCCUCACUAACCGAGGCAUCGCUCAGAUGUUAGAAAAGUAUCAGCAGGGAGACUUCGGCUAUUGCCCUCGUGUUUACUGUGAGAAUCAGCCCAUGCUUCCUAUUGGUCUGUCGGAUAUCCCAGGUGAGGCCAUGGUGAAGCUGUACUGCCCUAAAUGCAUGGAUGUCUACACACCUAAAUCCUCCAGGCACCACCACACAGAUGGAGCUUAUUUUGGCACCGGCUUCCCCCACAUGCUCUUCAUGGUUCACCCUGAGUACAGGCCGAAGAGGCCCGCCAACCAGUUUGUCCCCAGGCUCUACGGCUUCAAGAUCCACCCCAUGGCCUAUCAGCUGCAGCUGCAAGCCGCCUCCAGUUUCAAGAGCCCCGUCAAGGCCAUCCGCUAGAGUGUCAACGACAGAGGAGGAGGAAGAGGAGGAAACUUCACAGAGGAAGAGGGAGAUGACAGCAAAGAAUAAUCGUCUGAAGAGCAGGGGGGUCAACUGUAUUUUAGAGCUCUUCAGAUGCCCCCUCCCCACCCUGAAGACUGUAUUAUUUUGGUUUAGAUUAGGGCAAAUGAAAACAGUGUAAAGAUUUUUUUGAGUGUGAGCGAGAGAUAAACAACGCACAACUACGAUCAUAAUCACAAAUAUACACACACACACACACAAACAUGUAAGAAAAGAAAUACAACCACACACCUGGGAUUCCAUACACGUACCUUUCCAAACUCGGCAGUGCCAAAACAGGAGGUGAAGUAAGAUGAAGCUGAACAGUCCAGGGGCUCCACGUUGCUGCACCCCCAUCACUCACUCUGCAGCACACUGAGGAGAAAGUGAUAGAAUUGAUCAGUGGGUGGCUCUGCAGGGAACUUCUCCCUGUUGAAGAGGUUUUUGUGUUCUGGGCUUUUUGACAGAAAGCUGCAAAACUGCAAUGGCUGAGUCAGUUUUCACCUCUGAUUCUGUUUUUUUUCUUCUGUAUUUGGCACAGUUUGGUAAAGGGUGGUGGUGGUAAACCCUCUGUCAUUCAAAGCCUCCUCCCCAUUAGUCCCCCGAUGCAUGUACACUCGGGCGGGCUCUCCCACAGACAGUUUGGAUCGUGCUACCGGGUGUUUUUCUCUCAGAAGGUCGUUUGUGAAAUUUGAGUUGUCUGAUGUUUUGUGGUGUUGGUGCACAAAACAUUGUUAAAUUUGCCUUAAGGUGCAGAGAAAUCACCCGGAUUGUUUUUGCUUUACCAGAGGCACAAGCAAGUUUUGAAUCUGUUUUGCUGUCAGAGGAGUUGAAAUAGAUUGCAAAUAUGAUUUUCUGAAUAGUAAUAAUCAUUUCUCCAGCUGUCUUUACGUGUGUCAAACAACUGUCUGUAUCGUUACCGAAGUGUGAAUAUAACCUGCGGGGAAGUUGUUUUUCGAGAAUUGCCGGUGUUUGCAUCGUUACCCUCCCUCCCUCCUCCCUCCCUAUAGUUUGACCUUUGGGGAAUACACAAGAUCAACGGCACUUGUGUCCGUGCGGUAAAUAUGAAGCUAGAGGCCAGCUAGCAUAGAUUGAGAACCCCUCUGUCAGAACCUCUAACUUUCACCAAUUAACUCUACAUCUUGAUUGUUUAACAUUUACAAAAACGUAGAUCAGCUAUUUGUCAGCAGCGUUUACUAGGCUAGUUGUUUUUAAAUUGGUGUUGAAUAGUGGGAUUUAAAAACUCAUCCUUAUGUUUAGCAAAUUUUUACAAAACCCCAAAUGACAAAUUUCUCUCUACAGGUUGUUUAGCUUGUUAAAGUGAGUAAACUUAAGGAGUUGACUUCUCUUCUGUGGGAAAUAACCGUGAACGUUCAGAUGAAACUAACCAGAUGCAACCUUGUAAUUAUUAUUUAUUAUAUAAUAAUUAUAUUGAGCUAUAGAGGUGUUAGCUGGAUUUUAUUACCCUUAAUAAUAAAACCGAGAAUAGCAGUUUGCUAGUUUCCAGUUUUAAAGCUAAGCUCAAUCAAUUUGCUGCUGGUUGUUGUUUCAGAUUUAAGGGACAGAUUCAAGUGGACUCAGUCUUCACAUCCAACUUCCCCCCUCCCCCCCCCCCAAAAAAGAAGCUUUCCCAAACUGUCAAACUAGUUGUGUAAAGAUCAAGCAGGAGACUCAGAGAAAGCGGAAUUUAGACAAUCUGAAUCCUUCCGCUCACUCCACCACUGCACUGAUCCAUCCUCCUGGUGUCUCUCCAUAGCCGUCUCAUUAUUUAUGUUCACGUUACGAGACCGACCGAUCACCAGCCGCCAGUUUUUGUUUCUGAAGCAGUGUGUGUGUGUGGGGGGGGGGGGCAGAUGUUCAGCUGCCUCUCCGACUCAACUCUCUCUCUCUCCUCUUUUACAUUUGUGUGACUGGAAUAGAUUAAAUUUUACGUUUUUUGGGGGGGGAUUCCAUGAUACAAAGGAAAUGUAUUUAUGUGUCCAGAUGAUUUUAACUGAUGUUUGCUUGUGUUGUCGUCGUCUUUCUGCGACUGUGGGUGAGCAGGAUUCAGAACUCUCAAUAAACUUCUAUUUUCUUUUCA